GCCAGUUUUGAUAAUGCACCAUUAUUACUUUCACCGAACUAACUUCUUGCUCGGAACUUGCGCGACGACACCACAGUGCGGAAGAACACGGCCAGGCGCACGCAGGCCUGGUUUCUGUGGCGGUGUCAGAUGUUCCGGCAGCGCCGGCUUCGUGCCAGCUUUCAGCAUUUUUCACUGCUGCAUGGUCCAAGGCAGCUGCGUUGCCAAUUCUCUGGCUCCUGUCAAAGGAUUGCACGCGCAUUGCAGACGCAUCUUCCUGCUCGCGAGAUCUUCAUCCCUGGUAGGAAGUGGCCACAGUGGCUACAACGAACAGCAGCAUGCAGCCAGGAGCCAGCGGGACCCGCACGUGGUCGACUGGGGUUACGAUCGACAUCGGAGACAUCACCUAACCAACAGCCAUUUCAGAGAACGCCUCGUCAGUUUCAUGUGCCAUGAUCCGGAUCCGCGGUCACUGUCUGCCGUGUCUCUCCAAGAACGACCAGUGCCACAGCGGGGAAGCAUAUCUCUCGUGAGCCGUCAAGCCUGCCUGUACCGUGCGGGUCUGUGCAGACCUGAAAAGUUCCGUCUCUUCCGAAUCGGUUGACAGGAAAGGACUAAACUCAUACUUCGCUAGAACACAGAUGCGUGCUUAGCGAAAUAAAGUUGC